AUGCUCUCUGGCCAACACGCGUUGAUCACUGGCGGGUCGCAGGGACUUGGCUAUGCUAUUGCGCGGAAAUUGGGCUCUAAUGGGUGCCGGGUGACGCUCCUGUCGCGCAGUCUCGACAAACUCCAGCGCAGAGUGGAGGAGCUCAACGAAACCUGCCCGCAUCCCCAAAAACACGAUUGCGUAGCAUACGAUCUAAAGGACCCGAGCGGCAUCGAGUCGAUGGUGAAAAGCCACAAGGGCCUCAAAACAGCCAACAUCCUGGUCAAUUGUGCCGGCGUCCCGCAGUCCAGCCUGCUCAUGUCGACGCCGAGCCAGGAAAUCCAGGACAUCAUCAACGUCAACCUCACGUCUCCGCUGAUCUUGAGUAAACUCUUUGCCCGAAGCAUGAUGCGUCUGCAAAAUCCAAACAUAGUCAACAUUUCCUCAGUUCUGGCAAGAGACUGCGCGCGGGGAACAGUAGCAUACAGCGUCUCGAAAAGCGGUCUCAACAAACUGACCCAGACGCUGGCCUUUGAAAUGAAGUCCAAGAAAGUACGAGUGAACGCAAUCAUGCCGGGGCUCAUGCCGGAGACGGACAUCGGAAAGCAGGUCACCAAGGGUGCAGUCAAGUCGUCGCGUCUCACGUGCGACGACGUCGCCGAGAAGGUGCUCUCCGUGAUUGUUGAUCCGGAGCUGACAGGGGAGUGCGUGGCAGUCGAGUAG